GCGGCCCCUCCUCUCCUCCCGCUCCACCCCGCCUCAGUCUUCCUGGACUUCAGUUUGCGUCCGUUUGGCUGCUUUUCUCUGCUGCACCGCAUUAGCGCGUGAGCCCGACUUGUAGUCAGCCCUGCGGCGCUGCCAUGGCGUGGCGGGGGCCCGAGGCCGGCGUGAGGGCCCGCGGCGCGCUGGCUUUGGCGUUGCUCGUCCUGGCCCUGUGUCCGCCCGAGGCCCGGGGCCGGGCUCUCGAGUGGUUCUCCGCCGUGGUGAGCACCGAGUACGUGGACCCGCAGACCAACAUGACGGUGUGGAGCGUCUCGGAGAGCGGCCGCUUCGGCGACAGCUCGCCCAAGGAGGGCGCUCAGGGCCUGGUGGGCGUCCCGCGGGCGCCCAGCGGAGACCCUGAGGGUUGCGAGCCCGACACGCGCUUCUUCGUGCCCGCGCCCGGCGGCCGAGUGUCUGCGCCCUGGGUCGCCCUGGUGGCUCGCGGGGGCUGCACCUUCAAGGAGAAGGUACUGGUGGCGGCGCGGAGGAACGCCUCGGCCGUGGUCCUCUACAACGAGGAGCACUACGGGAACCUCACCGUGCCAAUGUCCCACGCGGGAACAGGAAAUAUAGUGGUCAUUAUGAUUAGCUAUCCAAAAGGAAGAGAACUUCUGGAGCUGGUACAAAAAGGAAUUCCAGUAACAAUGACCAUAGGGGUUGGCACCCGGCAUGUACAGGAUUUCAUCAGCAGUCAGUCUGUGGUGUUUGUGGCCAUUGCCUUCAUCACCAUGAUGAUUAUCUCAUUAGCCUGGCUAAUAUUUUACUAUAUACAGCGUUUCCUAUAUACUGGCUCUCAGAUUGGAAGUCAGAGCCAUAGAAAAGAAACUAAGAAAGUUAUUGGCCAGCUUCUACUUCAUACUAUAAAGCAUGGAGAAAAGGGAAUUGAUGUUGAUGCUGAAAAUUGUGCAGUGUGUAUUGAAAAUUUUAAAGUAAAGGAUAUUAUUAGAAUUUUGCCAUGCAAGCAUAUUUUUCAUAGAAUAUGCAUUGACCCAUGGCUUUUGGAUCACCGAACAUGUCCAAUGUGUAAACUUGAUGUCAUCAAAGCCCUGGGAUAUUGGGGAGAGCCUGGGGAUGUGCAGGAGAUGCCUGCUCCAGAAUCUCCUCCUGGAAGGGAUCUGGCUGCAAAUUUGAGUCUAACUGACGAUGAUGGAAGUGAUGAGAGUAGUCCACCAUCAGCCUCCCCAUCUGAAUCUGAGCCACAGUGCGACACCAGCUUUAAAGGAGAUGCAGGGGAAAGUACAGCGUUGCUAGAAGCUGGCAGGAGUGACUCUCGGCAUGGAGGACCCGUCUCCUAGCACACGUGCCCACUGAAGUAGCACCGACACAAGUUUGGCUUCAACUAAAGGACAUUUUAUUUUUUUUACUUUAGCACAUAAUUUGUAUAUUUGAAAAUAGUGUACUUAUUUUACCUAUUAGGUUCUGAUUUAAUAUACAAAGGGCUAUUUUAUUCUUAAAGAGACUUUGAUUAGUCUUCCUAUAUUUAUCUACUAAAAUAUAGUGUUUAUGAACAUUGUGUUGUUUCAGACUAUUAAAAAGCCAACUGGGGCAGGUACUCUAAUGUAAAGGACAGGAGAUGUUUCUAAAUAAUAGACUGGCUGCUAUGGUACUGUAUAAAAAGGUUAAUUCUAUUUUUUGGUUAAGCACAUCAAUUUUAGAUUAGUUGAAGUGGAAUUGUAUAAUUCAGUUCAAUAAUUGAUCACAUGGGCUUUCCCUGGAGGAAAGUUUUUUUUUUUAAGAACUUGAAACUUGUAACUGAGAUGUCUGCAGCUUUCUUGCCCGUCUGUAUUAUAUGUGAAGAUUUCAAAACCUGAGAGCACUUUUUCUUUGUUGUUUAGAAUUAUGAGAAAAGCACUAGAUGACUUUAGGAUUUGCAUUUUUCCCUUUAUUGUCUCACUUCUUGUGACGCCUUGAUGGGGAAGGAAAUCUGUUUAUUUUUUCCUACAAAUAAAAAGCUAAGAUACUACUAUAUUGCACGUGAGCAUUACGUUCUUCAUUGCUUUGUUAAGCAAAAUGAGUAGGCAGACUGAAAAUCUGUUAUAUUGGUUUGAGUUACAGUUUAAUCUUUAAAAUUAAAAGAGCAAUAGAUGUAGAAUUGUAAUUUUGUGUUGACAAGAAAUCACCAGUUUUCUUGAUUCGCGUUUAAGCACAUUUCAUACCAUAACCUUCUUUAACCAUUUCUUCUUUUUUACUUGUUUGCUGUUCUUCUGGAUCAAGGGAGAAGGCUAAUGCAAAACUUUUGGAAAAGUGCUAAGUAUUAGAAAGUGAUUAAACACACACACCCUGCUGUUUCCUCACUUCUUGGAGGUAGAGGUGAGGGAGUAUGAGGCAGUUACUGUUCAGAACGUGGAAUUGUCCUUUGUUGCUCUGUAUAUCUUUACAUUGUAAGUUAAAAUGUUUCUUGAAAAAAGUUUUACGUAAAUUUAUUCUUAUAGCCAUAUGUAGGAUAUAAGGAUUUAUAUAGAUUAUUUUCUCAAGCUACUUAAUGCUUUGAUUCUAGCUACCCAUUGUGAUAGUAAGCAGUUUUACUGAAAUAAACUCUAUAGACAGAUGCAGUAUGAGGAGCUAGUAAAGUAGAAAAUUUAUUUUGCUUUGCACAAAAAAAGUUUGUUUUAGCAGACAGCCUCAAGUAGGUUUCUAUAACAGCCAUUACCUUUGAAAUCUACCUUCUGUAGUUUAAUAUAAAUAGGAAAAUAUCCUGAUUCUGUAGCAAGUAAAUUGUUUGCUCUUUGUCUUUUAAGAAAAACUAGAGGAAAAUGUUUCAACUGGUCGUUCUUCCCAGUGGCUAAUGAAGCUGACUUUUAAAAAGAAGGCUGUGAGCUUUGCACAUGCUGCUGCUGCUGCCUGGAGCCCCCUGCUUCCAGCCAUGGUCAACCCCACCAUGUUCUUCGACAUUGCCGUGGAUGGUGAGCACUUGGGCUGUGUCUCCUUCAAGUUGUCUUAAGAGACAUGUGUUCACAUGUACUGUAGACUAGUAUUUCACUGUGGAAACCACGGGUGGCGUGGCAAAGGAGGCAGUGUUCGUGACUGUGCCACUCUCCGCAGCCCCCUGCCUGCUGUCCUGCUUCUUCCACUCCUCGGUGUCUGGACUGGCAUUCUGGGUUUCCCAGCAGAAAACCAAAGGGCCAGAGAGGUCUAAAAACACACACCACUCGGCAGGUGAUUUGAAGAUUUUGAAGCUAGAAAUUGGAACUAGAAAAUCCCAAGAAUUCAAGGUGUCUUAAUGUGACAGUUGAACUCAUUUGAUUACACUUAAAAGUUUAUUGCAGUUAUUGAAUCUCAAUUUUAUUUAUUUAUUUAUUUAUUUUUUAGUACAGUGGUGCCAUUGUAACUCACUGCAGCCUCAAUAUCCCAGGCUCAAGAAAUCCCCCCACCUGAGCCUCCAGAGUAGCUGGGAUUACAGGUGCAUGCCAUGCCCUGUUAAUUUUUUGUUUUCAGUAUAAACAAGGUGUCACUAUGUCCUGCAGGCUGGUCUUGAACUCAAGUGAUCCUCCUAUCUUGGCCUCCCAAAGUGCUGGGGAUUACAGGUGUAAUUCACUAAACCCAGCCACCAAUUUUUUUUUACUUUAGGUAAACUUUUAUUUUGAAGAAGUUUUUGUUGGUGUUACAAGUGUAAAUCUCGACUGUUUUGUAAAAUGUUCUAUAAAUAUAACCACGAUUCUUUGUAAGCUAUUUAAAUUUAGUCUUUCAAGUAAACACCAGUAUUGUGAUUUUGAUCGUCACUCAUGAAGUCCAUAUUUGAGCAUUUGCCUACUCACUAAAAUUUGUAACUCCAAACAAAAUAAUCACAUGCAGUCAUUUUCAGACAUGCACAGAGCAGUCAAUGAGCCAAGUUGCCUGACAGGCACAUUCUUUACCGAGGAUGAAAGAGGGGAUUCUCUGCCCUGUUUCCUCUCCUACUACAAAGCGUCCUUUCCUAAUCUCUUAAGUACUGAAUUCUUUGCAUUUUUUCACCUUUCGUUGGUGAUUUCACUAUUUAAAAUGGUCCCCAGGUGUAGCAAAGUAUUGCCUGUUGUUUUAAGGGCAACAAGGCUGUGAUGUGCCUCAUGGACUAAGUGUCUGGUUGUUACAUCAGCUUCAUUCAGGCACGAGUGAUGGUGCUGUUGGCUGUUAGUUCAAUGUUUUAUGAUGCCAGAGAAUCAGGUGGUCCUGGAACCUAAGGCUGGGUUGUUGAAACUGCCACUCUAAAAGUACUUCAAUAAAGCUAUUCUUUUUCCCAA